CCCCUCCUAACUGCAUACAGCCCGGCUUGCCCCGAGGCACAGGAUCUCUCGAGCGGUCGGACGGAUCACACAGGCAAAGACAGUCCAGCUGCUGCUAUGGGGUUCUCCACUCUGCUCCUGUUCCUCAGCCUCACUGGGCUUUCCUGGUCAUGCCUGGACCCCAACUCUGCAUACAGGAUCACCGGUGCCGUGUGCCGGCUCACUUACCCAGCAGCACUGGCGUUGAACGAGAAGACCACCAGUGUGAUUGAGGCUGCGUUCCAGCACGCCCGCUACCCCAACAUGGCCGGAGAGUCCUCCUUCUUCUUGGGGAAGGUGCAUUACAAUCUCAGCAACCUGGAAAUCCACGAUCUGUCCAUUGGGGGGAGCAGGGUGGAGCUCAAGGAGAACGAUCACAUCGGACUCUCCAUCUCCAACGUCUCUGCCGUCUUCCAGGGAACCAUCCUCUAUGGAUAUGGAAGCUGGCUCAUAGGCUUUGGACAUUCGGUGGAUUUUGAGAUUGAAUCCAACAUUGAUCUGGUUGUCAACCCCAGGCUCCACUGUGGGAAUGGAAAAGUGGCUGCUGACACGUCUGAUUGCUACCUCACCUUCCACAAGCUGCAGCUCCUUCUACAGGGAGACCGAGAGCCAGGGUGGCUCAAACGGCUCUUCACAGAUUUUGUCACAUUCACAGUCAAGAUGGUCGUUAAGAGCCAGAUCUGUAAAGAGAUUAAUAAGCUUGCUGAUAUACUUGCUGACUUUAUACAACAUACUGCAGGUUUGUCUUGGAUCAGUGAUGAUCUGUCAGGCCGUGCUAAAUGUGUGGCGUUGAGUAAGUCAUGCUCUUCAAUAAAUCUUGCAGAAAACUUCCUGAGUGAUGGCGAUAUAGGUGUGGAUAUCUCAGUCACUGCUCCCCCAGUCAUCACAUCCAAUUACAUAGAGUCUUAUCACAAGGGAGUAACCCACUACCACAACAUGACGGCGGUCAUCAAUGCCUCUGUGUUCACCCCUGCCCGGCUGACAGAGGACCGCAUGCUGUACUUCUGGUUCUCAGAUGAUCUCCUGGAGCCUCUGGUUAAAGUCGCUCAUCUCGACGGCCGCUAUGAAUGCAGCAUUACCGGCCCUGAACUCCUGGAUCUUUUCAAAGUGGACCUCUCUACAGCCAAGCCAGCUCUUCUGGAAGAGCUGUUGUCCACAGAGGCACCGGAGCUAAAGGUGCGCAGUGUGACCGACCCCCAUCUCUGGACGACCGCCCAGGGCACGUUUGUGCGAGGGACUGCCUCAGUGGAACUGACCGGGGGCCUCGGCACCCCCCCACUCUCCUUUAAGGCGGAAGUGAAGGUGCUCGUGACAGCUUCCUACGCUGACAAAAAACUGAUCCUGAGAGUCAAAUGUCCCCAGAGCGCCCCCAGAGAGCAGUGCAUUUCCAUCCUGGAGCAGUCAGUCUCACCCAAAACCCUCCAGGAUGGCCAACUGGAGUACUUAAGAGAGGCUGUUGAAAAGAUAGGCAUCCCAAAAAUCACUUCCUACCUGGAGACGGGGAUCACUGUCCUAAUGAACAAACAAGGGCUGGAUCUGUUUGAUAUCAUCAACCCUGUUGUGUUACCCCAGGAGGGCUAUGUCGUGGUGCAGGUGGACUUUGGAUUCCCUCAUCAUUUGCUUGUUGACUUCCUUAAGAAGACACUUGAGUGACAGGAAGUGCAGUGCACUGUAAGAACUCGCGUCACACAUCUAUCACAGUGACUCAACAUUGACCCAAUUUGUACAACUAUACAUUUUACUGGAUGCACUCAGGUUAAGUGUCUUGCGAAACAGCACAGCCCUUGGGACUCAAACAUAUCCAUGUCCUUAUUAUGCCGCGCUGUGCUGUGCUGUGCAAUCAAAUCCCAGACAAGGGCCAUUUUGGAGGUGUGGUAACAUAUUCAGUUAUCACUUGAUCCGCCAUAGAACAGGUUUGCAGAGCCUGUCUCUUGUGUUGUGUAUGUAUAUAUUGAUAUUACUCUUAUCCUGGAAGUAUUCUAUACUCCAGAUACUCGUGUUAGGUUUAUGAGAUUUUGAGUUGCUUUGGGCCUCAUUGUCCGUAAUAUUGACAUGACUGUUUAACAAACUUCCUAAUGAUUUCCAAGAAAUAAAGUACUCUUAAAUGCUAAAAUGUACAUUUCUGUGACCACUAGACAUGGAAUUCCAUUUUUGAACAAUACUGCUAUUUUAAACAAUGUAGCACUGACUGUUGUCACAGUGACAUAGUAAAAUGGUAAAAGUCAAAAAAGCUUUGAUAGCCCAAGUUGUUGGCAAAGGAGCAAUGGCAGCAACACUGAUUAUUUAAAAGUUAAAUUUGGAACCAUUGAAAUCUUUUGAAAUGAGUGUGUUUAAGGGCUGUCAAAACCUGUAUACUGUUAUUAUUCAUUGUACAAGUGCAUUUUGUGACUCACUAUUAAAUUCACUAGCCACCUUCAACACCAGUGAGUCUUUACUUAUCUCUGAAGGUGACAUUAUGCAUUGGUGAUCUGAAAUUCUUUACCAUCAGAUGAGUUAUGAAAGCUGUGUUCAAUUUUAUAUUUAAAGAAGUUGAAGAAUGUUAAACUGGGCCUUGCUGUCUAACUGUACUCUGCUCAAAUGAAUACUUUUAAAUACAAAAUGCAGCUUAACAAAAA